AUGGCACGAGACUCAGCUCCCGAGACCCCCAAGAUGGCCCACGAUUCUUUGGUUACCGUUCGUCUCUCUGAACCGGAUCCUAUAGUCCUCGAUUCGCCCAUAGCCAACUCGGUCACCGAUACAGAUCAAACGACACCGACCAAAGACCCAGUCGACGACCUUGUCGAGAUUCCCGUAUCUCCUUUAUCACCCAAGCUUAGCGUGUUAGUGAACGAUAAGGACGAGAUCUUGGACACCGAAUCAAAUACUGUGAUCAAGGAAGAGGCCAUCGACACCGAAGCCCUGCGGUCAUCAAUAGCAAAUAUGCCACCACCAAUUCUUACAACACGGUCAUUACAAGACGAGUUGGCUGAUGAUGGCAACUCAUCAGACGAUCAAGACGAGGUGAACUGGGAGCAGCUUGAGCAAAAGGAAGAUGAGCAAACCAAGGAUGAGGAAACAGACAAUUCUACGGCGUUGUUAUUGGCCCGACUUGAACAAGAGAAUGCAAAGCUGGCUACGAACCCGAAAAGCGUCAAAGUCCAAGGCGUUGACCGUGCCACUGCUGAACGUAGUGCAGUCAGCAGGCCCCGUCCACCUUCGAUGGCACAGCUUCGCCAAAUGGUUCAAGGACCGACGCCGCCUGCUCUACGAUAUUCGAUGCUUCCUCCUCCACCCAUGACAGACCUUGAAUUUUAUGCCGCUCUCGUUAAAGACUACCAACAAACCGCCGCCCGCCUCCCGACUCUUCUCUCAAAUAAGAUCCGUAAAGGUAUCCCGCCGCCACUGCGCGGUGUGGUUUGGCAGAGCAUGUCGGGGGCCCGAGAUGCUCACUUGGAAGAACAGUUUGAUCGUUUCUGCGGCGAGACUAGUCCUUACGAAGUCAUAAUUGGCAAAGACUUAGGAAGGAGUUUCCCAGGAGUAGACAUGUUCCGCGAUCCAGAGGGUGAUGGACAACGUAUGCUUGGCCGCGUCCUCAAGUGCUUCAGUCUCUACGACACCAAGAUUGGCUAUUGUCAGGGACUGGCCUUUUUGGUCGGCCCAUUGCUGAUGCAUAUGCCCGACAAGCAGGCAUUCUGUGUUUUGGUUCGCCUCAUGGAGCAGUACGAUCUAAGGGCGUGUUUCCUCCCUGAUCUCUCAGGUCUCCACGUACGCAUUUUCCAAUUCAAGGAGUUGUUGCGUCAAAGUCUCCCGGUUAUAUCGAAUCACCUUGAUGAGCUACAAGUUGACCCUGCCUAUGUCUCUCAAUGGUUUCUCAGCUUUUUCGCUGUGACUUGUCCCUUGCCUAUGUUGUUUCGCAUAUACGAUGUGAUAUUCGCUGAGGGUGCUUCAGAGACAUUGAUGCGAGUCGCGCUAUCCCUAAUGAGGAAGAACGAGGGGCGUCUAUUGGCUUGCACUGAGAUGGAAGAUGUGAUGCAGCUUCUUUUAUCUCGUGGCCUUUGGGAUUGCUACCAUUACAACGCAGAUGAGUUUGUGCAGGACUUUGUCGGAUUGACGGGUGCUGUCACAGCCGAGAACAUGCAACAUCUUGAGCAGAGCUACCGAGACUCUAAAACGGCCGCUUCAAACCCCGUGAGAGGCUCCGAAAUAACUACCGCAGCUAGCCGUUUUCUGGGUCGCAUAUGGGCAUCAAACAACAAUAAAUCCUCAAACCUUAGCCCUGGUACUAGCGCACCCGCACGACCCUCGAGUAUGCUGCGACGCAGUGCGUCAAAGCAGAGCCUCGCAUCAACUUUGAAUUCAAUGGAAGCCAGUUCUGCGAGCGUAACCAGUUCAACUUCCACAGAUGCUACUACAAUGUCUAGAGAUUCUUCCAAUACCGAAGACGCACGCGAUUCAACCCCAGUCGGUAACAAGACUACGGCGGCUCACAAGAAUACGGACGAACGCAACUUGCAUAGCCAGAUUGAAGACCUCUUGACCGCUCUGAGCGAACUACAGCGCAAUCAUGCAUUGCUAUCGAACCAACUGCAACGAGAGCGCGAAGACCGGCAGGAAGAUCGCAAGGCAGUUCAGUCGCUUCUCAACGGACUAAGACAGAAGGCCGAUUCGACGUCGUCUCGAUCCAGCAGUCCACAAGCUGUCGCUUCGCCUGACAAGGAAGAUAGCUCAGCUGCCGAUGAAGAUGACUCUGCAACACUAAGCCCUAAGGAGUCUGCUGUGUCGAGUGACGACGAAUCCCUUAAGGAAGACCCUAAAGAAGAAUCUUCUAAAGACGAAUCUCCUAAGGAAGAACCAACCCCUGCCGAAAACCUAGAAAGCCUACUCAACGACGUCGAACAGCGGUUCCAGGUCGAGGAUGAUAAACGUCGGUCAUCAAUGCUUGUUUCGAAAUCGCAGCUGCAGGACGAGUUAAACUACGCCAAGAAUCAGCUAGCUGCUGCCGCUUCGCAAUCACAAGAACAGAGCCGCCAGAUUUUGGAUUUGACUCAAGAGAUGGCGAACGUGAAGGAGCAGCUGCGGGAGAGCCAUGCCCAUGUUAGAGCGCUUCAUCAGGAUAAACAGCGACUCGAGAAACAGAUACACGGGUUGAAGUCGCGAGUGUCGUCAGCCAGCUCAGCGCACGAGACAACUAAGGAAGUCGAGGUGGACAGAAGCAGCAAGACUGGAGCCGGUCUUCGAGAGUUCAAGCUCAACCGAAGCAAGACCACACCUCCACACCCGCCGCAUCAUCACGAACCAGACCCUAUGCCAACUACUACAAGCAAGUUCAACAAGAGACUGUCGUCGUUGCCCAGGAACCACGAAACGAACGUACCAACGGUGACAACAACAGGACCCGCGCCUUCUCAGAGCGAACAUGAAGCAUUGCUAGCGGAGUUGGUACAGGCGAAAACGGCAGAGGCGGUAGCCAAACAAGAGGCCGAGGAAGCUCGACAGAAGCUCGAGUCGUUGCGCAAGUCCCAUGGAUUGAGCCGAUCGGUAUCAGGCCACACACCGUCGACAUCGCAAUCUGGACCUGCGGGAGUUUUCAGCUUGCUUACCGGUCAUGGCGCACCCGCUACGAACGAUGUCACAGUGAAGCCGGCGUCGACAACUGCCGGAUCCCCAGGAUCUGGAGGAAGUUUCUGGGGUUGGCGAAGAUAA